AUGGAACAAAUCGAAACAGCUGGCGGUUCAGAAGCAAUUUUUGAACUGAUCAAUAUUAUACGACAAGAUCCGAGCAUUUGGGAUCGAACAUCCACUACCUAUAUUACCCAUUUCGAUUUGAAAAUUCAUCGAUUUGCUGAAAUUGCGGAACAACUCAAUUUGGAAGUUGUUACGGCCGAAGUCGUGGCAUCAGCAUGGCGAGAAUUGAGUGAGAAAUAUCGUCGACGGUUGUAUGAUGGUAAACGUCGGAAUGGUGCAACAAAUUGGCCGUAUUUCGAAGCAAUGAGCUUUUUACGAGAUCAGUAUGAACAAACCAAGUGGUAUCGUCCCUUAGCAGUUCAACGAUCCAGUCAAUUGCCGUCGUCGUCAAAUGUUGCACAUCUGGUAGAUACAUUUCUAACAGCACAAGCUGUCCUAGAUGCUGAGCAAACAAUCUCGAAAGCCGUUGAACCAAUGCUUCCUAUUACUUUGUCAGAUUCUUUACAGCAAAAGGGAGAUACAGUGUUAGCUAUUCCGGUUGGAAAUGGCGAUGAACGAAAAGGUGAAUUCACAGCUAAAUACGAGUUGCUUGAUCCUACGUUUCAUUCCUUCACAACCGCUGACCAAAAUGAAUUGAGCAGAAAUUAUACAAGAACCGCUUACAGCGUUGACGUGGAUAACAUUGCUAUAGCUUCUGCUGCUGACAGUACAAAAUCACCGGAAAAUUAUGACGAAAAGCAACCGGUAUCGCCAACAGCAUCUGUUGAUGGCUUACCGCAGAGUAGUAACAAUAGUAUUACUGACCAAGCAAUUCCUAUUCUCAAGACACGAGUACGAACGCAACGUUAUGAAGCAUACAGAAAUCCUCGUCGAAUAUGGAAACAGAAACAGUCGGCAUUACAUCAAACUUCUGGCGUUUCAACGGGAGAGACAGUUGCAGAGAUUUUGCGAUCUGUGCGAGUUGCCUCAGACGGGUUACCACCAUAUAGCUUAAAUUCGAACCCGCAUCAUCAUUUGCAACAACCACAGCAUUUUUCACCUCCUCCAUCAUGCGACAAUUCUUCGAAAUGGGAUAAUGUUGGCCGGGUGUGGGUGGAUAUGAUGAAAACGAUACGAUCGCCUCAACUAGCACUUGCAGCACACAAAUAUAUCAUGAACACUUUAUUUUCUGUUCUGGAAGCUGAUCAACAACUUGCUGGCACAGAUCCGAACGCAACCCGUAUCCGUAUCAAAGACACUGCUCCACAAAUCGAAAUCAUUAUGCAUCAGUGA